AUGGCGUUAUCCUACGCCACCACAAAUUCCACAAUCGCCUCUUUACCUCCAAUUGCAACUCCUUCAUUUCCAAAGAAAAAGGCAAGUUUCUGGAUAAAAAAGGAUGCACGUUUCAGUUUUGAAAGAAUUGCUAGUAAAUUAACAGUAUCCAGAAAUGAAAGUUCUUCGAUCGAAUAUGAUGUGCCAUUUCCUAGCGAUUACGAGGAGCUUCUUGAUCAAGCCAAAAAAGCAACUGAAUUGGCUUUUAAAGAUAACAAACAGCUGAUGGUUAGUAACUAA